AUGGCCAUGAAUGGAGUCAAAACGGACAUGAUAAUGGAAACGGAUGGUCUCAGAACAGUCAUGACAAUGAAAUUGUUGGAGGAAACAGCUUUGGAAGCCCAAGUGGAAAGAACUUUGGUGGAUUCGGAAAGAAAGCUUCCUUCGCACCAAACUUUGUUAAAGGAUUUAGCGGAAAAGGAAAGAGCAUUGGUGGAUUCAGAAAGGGACAAGGGGCAUUUGGACCAGUCUCAAGUAAAGGAUUUGGUGGAUUCGGAAAGGGAUCAGGAGUAUUUGGACCAGUCUUUAAUAAAGGAAUUGGUGGAUUCGGAAAGGGAUCAGGAGUAUUUAGACCAGUCUUUAAUAAAGGAAUUGGUGGAUUCGGAAAGGGAUCAGGAGUAUUUGGACCAGUCUUUAAUAAAGGAUUUGGAGGAUACGGAAAGAGAUUCAAUACAUUCAGACCAGCCUUUGGUAAAGGAUUUGGUAGAUACGGAAAGAGAUCUGGGGGAUAUAAAGGAAACUUUGGUAGUUUCGGACCAAGAUACGGAGGAUAUGGAAAAAGAUAUGGAGGGUUCGGAAAGAGCUUUGGAGGAUUUAGAAAGAACAUUGGAGGAUUCAGAAAAAGCUAUGGCGGAUAUGGUAAAAAAUUCGGAGGAGUUAAAAUUAUCAAGCCCUUUGGUGGCUACAGACGUUACUAAACCGAUGAACAUAUUCACAUAGUGUUGGUCUCAACCAAAAUAUAGAGUGGCAGCGCUGAAAUCGUUCCCGGAAUGUAAAAGCUACACUUCAUCAACAAAUCGUUAUAUGUAUUUUUGUUAAAAAGAUAAUAAAAUAAUACAAAAAAAAAAUCAUCGUUUUACUGAUUAAAAAGCAAUUUAAAUUGGUAAUAUAUUGAAAUUAAAUUAUGUCUUUGAAAGUUA